AGAGGAGGUGAGUAGAAAAUCGAAUAUGGCGAAAAUUGUACUGGCGAACGAACGACGAACAACGCAACGACGACGGUGUUCAGAAAGCAGUGCGAUUUUGUGCGACUAAUUUCCGGCUGAAAGAUAGCCCUAGCAACGUAAAAAGUACAUCAAACGCGAGUUGAAUGUGUCCGGCGUUCGGAAUCGGUGCCGGACAAGAUGCAGAAUGCGGAACAAUCCGGAGUGAAGAACCGGGACAAAUCUAGAAGCAACAAUAGCAAUGUGAAGAAAUCUUCACUGGUGAAUCAAUCGAAUUCGAAGGCCCUGCACAAGCAGCAGCAGCAGUCUUCGUCAUCCAACAGUAAUAGUAGCAAUAGUGGUAGUGGUAAUAACUGUGCUAGUGUUAGUGCAAGUGGUGGAAGCAAUCGUAGUGGUGGUAGAGCCUUAAGCAGUGGAACUACUGCUAAAGGGAAUAAUCCGAAACAGCAGCAGCAGCAGAAUAAUUCGUGUCGUGUUCAACCGGAAGUAGGAGUAUUAGCAGGAAGUGCUUCCUCUGGUGUAGUUUCCAACAUUAGCCGUGAAGUGAAUAAUGCUAAAACAAUGUCUACAGCAGCGACAACAACAGCGGCAGCGGCUACAGGAAAUAAUGGUUCCUCGGCAGGAACGGCAGGAGGAAGACAAUCCAACAGCCAACAUUCUUCUCCGGCCAAGUCCGACACGGAGACGACUUUCUCCGAGUUCCAACCCCGUGUAUCGGACUCAUCGGAAUCGGACGAGGAAUCAGUGUCGGAGAUUCUGCUGGCUUGUCUCUGUCUAAGGCCAGAUCUGCUGGUUGACUCAUUUCCCCUAGAUCAGCAAUCGAUCGAAAUUCCAGAGACGGAGUGUUCGGACAGCUGCGAGAACGACGUCGAUAUGGAUGAGUCGGACAGUUGCGACAACGACGCCGAUGAUAACGAGGACUCGGAAGAUGAUGAGGAAGAUGACGAUGAUAUUCCCAGUACGGUGGUCACGGGCAAGUUUCUUCUGGACGAUGAAAUCGAUCACGAAGACAGUGCUGGUGGCGGUGGAGGUGGCGGAGGCGGACCUCACGAUAAAAAAGCCCGCCUCGAAGCUCUGCUGGAAGCAGCAGAUGAAGCAGCACAAGCCCUCACUCGUAUGCGAUCAAGCGAAGGCGGUGGGAGCCCUCGGGACAAAAAAAAUGCUCUUCGUAAUUUCAGCUUGCUCUCGCGCUCGCUGCUCGCCGCCUGUACCGACAACGAUGUCAACACCGUCCGGCGACUUCUGGGCGAGGGCAACUCGCUGAACGAAGCAACCGACGAUGGCGAUUCACUGCUUUCGUUGGCCUGUUCCGCUGGCUAUUAUGAGCUCGCACAGGUCCUAUUGGCAAUGUCGGCACAGGUUGAGGAUCGAGGUCAGAAGAAUGACUGCACGCCACUGAUGGAGGCGGCCUCCGCAGGGCAUGUGGACAUCAUUGGGCUGCUUUUGAAGCACGGUGCAGACGUUAAUGCCCAAUCGUCCACGGGCAAUACACCACUGAUGUACGCCUGCGCCGGGGGACACGAGGACGCGGUCAGGUUGCUUCUGAAUCAUACCGCGAACGUUGAAGAUCACAAUGAGAACGGUCACACCCCUCUCAUGGAAGCGGCUUCCGCUGGUCAUGUGGGAGUGGCUAAGAUCCUUUUGGAGCACGGGGCCGGCAUCAAUACGCACUCGAAUGAGUUCAAGGAGAGUGCGCUGACGCUGGCCUGCUACAAGGGUCAUCUCGAUAUGGUUCGGUACCUCCUGGAGGCUGGUGCUGAUCAGGAGCAUAAAACUGAUGAAAUGCAUACAGCGUUGAUGGAAGCAUCGAUGGACGGCCACGUGGAAGUGGCCCGGCUUCUGCUGGAUUCGGGUGCCCAGGUCAACAUGCCGACGGAUUCGUUCGAAUCGCCGCUAACGCUAGCGGCCUGUGGUGGCCAUGUGGAUCUUGCGAUGCUUCUCAUCGAGCGCGGCGCCAACAUCGAGGAGGUCAACGACGAGGGAUAUACUCCGCUGAUGGAAGCGGCAAGGGAGGGACAUGAGGAGAUGGUGGCAUUACUAUUACAACAAGGUGCGAAUAUUAAUGCUCAAACCGAGGAAACUCAAGAAACUGCCCUAACGCUCGCAUGCUGCGGAGGAUUCGUGGAAGUCGCGGACUACCUUAUUAAGCAUGGUGCCGACAUUGAGUUGGGCGCCUCUACCCCGUUGAUGGAAGCGGCUCAGGAAGGACACAUCGAUCUGGUGCGUUUCCUCUUGGAGAAUCGAGCGGAUGUACAUGCGCAGACCCAAACGGGGGACACAGCGCUGACAUAUGCUUGCGAGAAUGGACACACCGAAGUGGCGGAUAUACUGCUUUACUACGGUGCCGAAUUGGAGCACGAGUCGGAAGGAGGGCGAACACCAUUGAUGAAGGCUUGUCGGGCUGGUCAUUGGUGUAUUGUUAAAUUCCUUAUCGAAAAGGGGGCGGACGUGAAUCGACAUACGACGAACAAUGAUCACACGCCGCUGUCUUUGGCGUGCGCCGGUGGUCAUCAGAAUAUCGUGGAACUACUGUUGAAAAAUGGUGCCGAUCCUUUCCAUAAGCUGAAGGACAAUAGCACGAUGCUGAUUGAGGCUGCCAAGGGUGGCCAUAUCGGUGUCGUACAACUGCUAUUGGACUUUCCGCAUUCGUUGAUUAGCGCAAACAACGCGGCUCAGCAAAAUCUCCUAAACAACGGUCAAAUCCAACUUCAAGCCCAACAGCAGCUGCAGCAGCAACAGCAAGCCGCUCAACAACAACAGCUUAUUAUUACCCAGAAUCAACAACAACAGCAACUACUUGCUGCACCUCCCGGUCUGCACGAGGUUCCUGAAUCGAUCCGUGUCUCCAACAAGCAAAUGUUCCAACAACAUCCGUCUAAAGAUGCUUUGGAUCAGCAUCAACAACAACAACAGCAACAGCAGCAGCUUUUGGCAAAUAAUCAAAUGCUGGCAAAUCCAAACGUUUUCCUCGAUGCUAACAUUACUGCAACUGACCCAUCGAUACUCGCUCAGAUGCGACUGAUUCAAAUGCAAGGCUUCAAAGAUGGCCUUGCCCACGGUCUGUCGCGAGCUCCCGGUCAACAGCAGCAGCAACAGGCUAUCCUCUCCCAGCAAAUCCCAUCCCAUCUGGCAGUUGCAGACCAGCAACAGCAGAUCAUCCUUCAGGGUUCCAACAAUGCGGCAAUUGUCCAACAGCAACAACAACAGCAGCAGCAGCAGCAGCAGCAAGUCACCAUUACUGCUGGUCCAGGAGGAAAUAAACAGCGAAGUUUGCUACGAAAGAAACAGCAGCCGGCAGCUUUGGCUGCAGUCACUUCUCAACAGCAGCAACAUCAACCUUUGCCAUUCGACACCAACCUAACGAGCUCGGAAGCGCAGCAAGUGCGCAGCGAACCUAUCGGCGAGGACAAUGGCGGUGGAGGGCAACAGCGCCCCGGUGUCGUAAUCCGUUCCGACUACGAGGUGCAGUAUAAUAAGCAGAUGAGGGAAAUGUAUCAGAAGUCACAAAAGGCUAACAUCCAAUUCAUUUGUGAUUCAAAUGGUCCACCCUCGACGCUGUUACCGCCGACGGGUACCUACAUCGAUAUUACCACGCCUGCUCAAGGACUGAUUUGUGGCACUGCUGGUGGCAUGAGUUUCGCCGCACCGAAUGGGACCCCGUUGCUUGGGCCAAUGCCAACGGUCGGCGCUGGCCAGCAGCAAGGCCCGACCGGUCUUGCCACCCUUGUUUCAGGAGGUACAACGUCUGAUAGUGGUCUAGUUAUAGCUACAUCAUUGCCAACAGCACUACACCAACAGCAGCAGCAGCAGUUGCAACUAACAACGACAAUAGCCGCCACAGCGUCCUCGAAUACAGUUCCUUCAGGUUCUACGCUAGCAGCGACGACUUCGGCUGGCAGCGGAACACAUUUGACCGGUCCGUCAGAGGUCUCCCAGAGUACCGCCAUAAGUGAUAGACCCAAGGUGAAGCCCGUUUCGAAGAAGGAUGCUAAAAAUAAUCGUAAAUCCGCCGCUGCGGCCGCUGCUGCAGCAGCAGCGUCUGCUGCCCAACAGCAGCAACAACAACCAAUCUGGCCAAACACUGCGAAUGUUCUCCAGCAGAAUCAAAUGGUGUCAAUUUAUAACAACUUGUCUGUGAUUCCAACAUCCGAUCAGAACGUUCAGGUGCUGCAGCAGUCGCUGUCCAAUUUGAGUCUUCAAUCGCCUGCCGCGAGCACGGUCGCCACCAGCUCGGGAGUUCUGGGCGGCACUCAGCAGCAACAGUUAACCAUUUCAGUGCCGCAAGGCGGCAACCAACAGCCAAUAAUCGCAGCCAAUCGGGGUAGCUUCGCCUUGACCAAAGCCGCAGCUUCGAUUGCUUCGAGUAACAACAUGGUUCCUACGUCAAAUCUGUCGGUGAUUACCAGUGCCGCUGCAUCCGGCACCCCGAUCACCUCUGUGCCAGCGAAUGUAAUUCAAACCACUAACAACCUAAUCAGUCAGUUGGAUCAACACACUCUAGAAAUAACCAAUUGCUCCUCGGCGGCUACAACCGCAACGAGCACCGCGACCAGCAGCGCUGCAAGUAGCCAGAGCGGUGGAAGCAGCUCCGGUAGCAGCAGCAGCAGUGCAAGCGGAAGCAGCAGCAGUAGCAGCUCCAGCAGCAGCUCUAAUGGUAGCAAUGGUACCACAACUACAACCAGUAGCAACAAUAGCGGUGGAACAGUCAGCGGCACAGGUCUAGCGGGCAUGGGUGGUGGCGGAGUGGCAGUCAACAGCAGUGGCAAUAGCUCCGAACACGAGAACCAGCUAAACCAACUCGCUCUUAAUACCCUUUGCAAUCAGAAAAUGUUGCAGAAGAUAGCUCAACGCUUCAUGGUCGAUCCGCCGAAAUCGCCUCCCGAUACGCCACCGCUGAGUUGUUCCAACACGGAUGGUCCAUCAUCGCCACCUCCUAGUGGAAAAGGAUUAGCUAACAAUGCCGAGCUCGCCGAUUUGUCGAGGAUUUUCUGUGAAGUCAUGCACGAUUUCCGCCCAGAUCUUCUCCCAACGCCGGAAUUCGUUCAGGUGCAUCAGCAUGUUUCGAACAUUAUUCAGCACAAGGCUGGAAGCAAUCAAAUCAAAGUUAGUGAGGGCGACGGUCAUCAUCAGUACGUGGAGGAUGGCGACGAGCACCUGGAGAUGUUUAACAUUGAUGAUUCGGAAAACGAAACAAUAUCCGAGUGUGUGGGAGGAAUCUAUCCAACGCUAGACGAAACAUUGGAGACGUUCAAUCCUGAGGAUGGCUCUGUGGUCGCUCCUGAUGGUUCACGAGCUACGAUCUACAACUACGAAUGGGUCGAGUGUAUCGAUGAGGUAAUUCAUGCGCUGAAUGGAUGUACCGAUAUACCAGUGGCUUUACAGGAAAUGGCUGCCAAUCUAAGCUGUCAAGAUAUUGAUGCAUACGCAAAUCUAAUUGGUAUGAAUUCAUUUUGCAAGACGCGCUGGGCUGGAAAUCAGAACCAACUGGCCACCUCCGGAACGUCAUCGCCGAUCGAGGAGGAUGGUAGUAAUAUCAAUCUUUCGGAGGCAGCAGCUGAGCAGUGCGGCUUUCGCCAGGCUACCGUCGCUGGACAAGCAGCCGGGCAGCUGAUGACAUUUGAUCCAAACCAGCAGAUAUCACUCGAUCAGCUACAGCUACUCAGCCAGUUACAGGCCACUACCACAGCUUCGGGUGCAACCGUUCUACAUCAUCCGGGUGUUGCUGCCGGUACGGCUGGGAUUCCCGGAGGUUCAACUGCCGAUGGUCAGCAGCCCAAAUUUGUGUUCAACGUUGACGCGGAUAAGGCAUCCCAGGUGCAUUUGCUUUUCCAGCUGCCGACAGCCCAGCAGCAACAGCAGCAGCAGCAAAUGCAACAACAACAGCAGCUGCAGCUCACCCAGGAUCAGCUUGAUCAGCAUCCGAUCGCUAGCCAGUGUAAUGUAACACUUCAGCAAGCAGCCGCGCUGCAGCAGGCUCAACUACAGCAGCAGGCGGCCGCCGCCGCAGCCGCAGCAGCUGCAGUCCAACAGCAGCAGCAACAGUUCCAAUCACCAAAUAUUGUACAUCCCAACUCUGUGAUUUUGGCUCAACAGCAACAGGCGCAAUCUGCACAGCAGCUGCAGCAACUGCAUGCCCAGGCCCAGGCAGCACAUUGUACCCAGCAUGCUCAAGUGCAAGUUGCGACCCAAACUCAACAGCCGCAGACGGGAGGUCUUCUGAUACCGCGCCAGCAAAGCCCACAGACUGUGGUCGCCGCAAUGGCAGCGGGCGGUAAAGCUUUAUCCAAGAAAAGCGAUAAAUCACGCAAAGAGAAAAAUCGUUUCGCUGGUAUCAGACAGGCUCCAGCCGGUCAACAGUGUACGGCAGCCGAAGGCUAUCAAUUCGAUGCGAAUCCAGCUCCGGCACCGAUCCAAUAUCCGGCCGGUGUACCGACGAAUAUUGUUCAGGAACGUCAAAUCGACGUUGACUCUGAAACCGAUUCCAACCACGACACUGCCCUCACCCUAGCGUGUGCCGGUGGUCAUGAAGAGCUCGUUGAGCUGUUGAUCAGUCGAGGUGCCAAUAUUGAACAUAAGGACAAGAAAGGAUUUACUCCACUCAUACUGGCGGCCACCGCUGGUCACGAGAAAGUGGUUGAAACACUCCUUCGGCAUGGAGCCGAGAUGGAAGCACAGUCAGAGCGCACUAAAGACACUCCUCUGUCGCUAGCGUGUUCCGGAGGUCGAUAUGAAGUGGUGGAAUUACUGCUCAACAUGAACGCCAACCGUGAGCAUCGUAACGUAUCCGACUAUACUCCCCUCAGUUUGGCUGCUAGCGGUGGCUAUGUGAACAUCAUCAAACUGCUGCUCAGCCAUGGAGCGGAAAUCAAUUCCCGAACCGGCAGCAAGCUUGGAAUUUCACCACUCAUGCUAGCCGCCAUGAACGGCCACACCGCAGCGGUGAAACUCCUGCUUGAUAUGGGUUCGGAUAUUAAUGCUCAGAUUGAGACGAACCGGAACACUGCACUCACGCUAGCCUGUUUCCAGGGAAGGCAUGAGGUUGUCAGCUUGCUGCUGGAUCGCAAAGCAAACGUCGAGCAUCGAGCCAAGACCGGACUGACGCCACUGAUGGAAGCCGCAUCGGGAGGCUACAUAGAAGUUGGUCGAGUUCUGCUGGACAAGGGAGCCGAUGUGAAUGCGGCACCAGUUCCUUCCUCCCGUGAUACUGCUCUUACUAUCGCUGCCGAUAAAGGUCACCUUAAAUUUGUGGAAUUACUUCUGCUGCGUGGAGCAGCCGUUGAAGUGAAGAACAAAAAGGGAAAUUCGCCUCUUUGGCUCGCAGCCAACGGGGGACAUUUGGCCGUCGUGGAUGUGCUGUGCAAUGCGGGAGCCGAUAUAGAUUCACAAGAUAACCGCAAGGUGUCUUGUCUCAUGGCGGCCUUCCGUAAGGGUCACACGAAAGUAGUCAAGUGGAUGGUUAAUCACGUUACCCAAUUCCCAUCGGAUCAAGAAAUGACCCGAUACAUCAGCACCAUCAGCGACAAGGAGCUGCUCGAGAAGUGUCACGAUUGCGUGAAGGUGAUUCGUGCUGCGAAAGAUCAACAGGCAACCAAAGCCAACAUCAAUGCGUCGAUUCUGCUGAAGGAAUUGGAUCUGGAGCGUAGUCGGGAGGAAAGUCGCAAAGCUGCAGCAGCUAAGCGCCGUGAGCGCAAGAAGCGUAGAAAGGCGGAGAAACGUGAACAGCAACGUAAACUCGUCGAGGGUGAAAACAAAAACAACCCGAGCGACGAUGAAGAUGAUGGUGACGAUGAUAAGGACGAUGAUAAUGAUACGGAUCACGAGGAGGAGGAAAUCGUCCAUGUUAUACCACUGCGUAGUGUGACGAACAGAUCGGCAGCGAUCCGAGUGCAGCUCCAAGAAAAUCAUAACUCACCAGCUAUCAACAAUAACAACAACGCCAACAAUGACAAAGAGGAAGGAGACUCCGGAAUCGAUGCCAACAGUCAGGGUUCUUGUUCGAGUUCCGAUGUCAAAACAUCCAGUUUGAUCGAGCAGCAGAAGAAAAACAACAAGAAGCGCAAGCAACAGUUGCAACAACAGCACCAGCAGCAACAACAAUCUCGAGCCAGUUCUGCUGUUACCGCUAAGGUAGCCAAUGCCAAACAGCAGCAGCAGCAACAACAACAACAACAACAACAGCUGCUGCAACACCAGCAGCAACAGAAGGAGCAGCAACAAAAUCAACAACAGUAUGUAAACCAAAAUCGUCAGAGCAAGAGUCCCGAUAGUACGACAACAAUGGCCAGCAACAGUUCUGUGGUACAGGAUAAAAACCAGCAGCAGCUGCAACAGCAGCAACAGAAGGAGAAAAUUGUUGUUGGUCAACAACAGCAUCGUCGUCAGCAACAUUUGAAUGACACCAAACGUGAUCAUUUCGAAAGUAAGCGGGAGAAAACCGUCGAGAAGGAGAAUGUAGCUCCAAGGGGAGAACCCCACAAAAUCGAUGGCAAGAAAGAUCAUCAUCAGCAACAACAUACACAACUGCAGCAGCAAUUGCAACAACAACAACCACAUCAGCAACAAUUACAGCAGCAGCAACAGCAUCAACAUCCGCACCACGUAAACGGUCAACAACAACAACAACAAGGAAACCGUAAAUCUAUAAUCGUAUUCGGCUCGAAUCGACAUCCUGCCGAGAAAGAAGAACACGAUACAACCGAAACAACAACAUUUUAUAGCAGCAGUAGCAACGUCGGUGGCGCCCAGAAGAAAAGCCACACCAACAACAACAAAAGCAACAUGUAUUAUCAUAACGAAGAUCAGCAGCAAAAGUCCAUCAGUCCAACCAAGCAGACCGGUGGCGGACAGAAUAACAUUGGCAGCAACGCUUUGCUUCAGAACAGCAAUAUAUCAGCCCUGAAGCGCGAGGAAGGCUGGAAGGAAGUUGUCCGAAAGAGUUCUGUUCAGCAGAGCCAAACCACCCCGAUGGAGUGCAAGAAAGUUCAGGUUCCAGUACAUGCGAUCUCACGAGUUAUUGGUCGUGCUGGAAGCAAUAUCAAUGCGAUCCGAGCGGCUACGGGUGCACACAUUGAGGUUGAGAAACAGGGUAAAGUUCAGGGCGAUAGAUCGAUCACGAUCAAAGGAUCCCUGGAGGCCACCAAGCAAGCGCAUUCGUUGAUAGCUACCCUCAUCAAGGAUCCAGACGUAGACAUUCUUCAGAUGCUUCCGAAACAUAACACUGCCAAGAGCAAUUCGUCCUCCUCGUCCUCCUCUUCGUCAUCAUCUUCCACAACAUCUGCACCAGUGGCGCCAAUGCCCAUGGCUACCAUUGGAAGUGCGAUGAUAACCGGCUCGGUGGCCCCAACUUUGUCGGCUGUAGUCGCUUCCGGAAACGCUGCCGCUCUCCUGGCGUCAUCUGCGAUGACGAAAGGAAAAAAUGUGUUCGUUGCCUCCAAUCAAAAUAAACCCGUAACGGCUUCAGCUGUACUUGCGGCUGCUACCGGAAAGAACCCAACCGGAGGGAUACUUACUCGUCCACCGGCUGCGAAAAAUCUCUUCUCUGGUAGCGGGAAUAUGUCACAGCUUUCUCGCGUUAUAUCUUCGAAUACUUCGAAUGCUGCUCUGGUGGGAAAGGAUGGCAAACGUUCAAACAACACAGUUCAUAGCAACAGUUCCGCGCCGAAGACAUCUAUGUCCUCCUACACCAGUAUGAUGCAAUCGCUGAAAAAUACAAUCAAGAGCUCGUGCGGUAACAAUCCGUCUGGUAUCAGUAUUACAACAAACAGUACAGGUACAUUUGCCAAGCUGGUCGCUGAUAGUGCUGCUACCGUCGGAUCGACUUCGAAUAGUCAACAGAAAAAGAUUAUAAGUCAAAAUGCAGGUUCGGUUUCAGUGAAUACUAACAGCAACAACAACAACACCAGCCAAGCUCCAGCCCAACAAGUUACAAGUAGUGGUGGUACACCUUCGGUAACAGCGAGUGCACCAUCCGCUGCGGUACGUCAACAGAUCCUUCAAUCCCCGGCGAAAGGAUUACCGGCACCGUUUGGGAAUUCUGCCCCAUCAAUCAACGCUAACAGCAUUAGUUGCAGCAGUAAUAGCAGCGUCCUCACCAAUAUUAGCACUGCAAUUUCUUCUUCGUCUGUUCUAUCGUCGUCGUCUGGAGUCACCACAAUGGCCCCAACUGCUUCAACCGCUAAUCUGAACUUACCACCGUCUCAGCAUCUUCCGGCUCCCAUUCAGGCCCCAGCUAAAAACUCACCAUUUAUUCCUCCGGUCGUAUCUAGUGGAUCAGGUCCAACCAACAACGAGGCAGUGCUUAUUCCAACAAUUAGUAGCACAUCGAUUGCUCCCGUAGGGACGGGUUCCGGUAGAUCUAUAACACCAAUCGGACAGAAGCCUCGGGUAAUCCUUUCCUCUUCGCCGCUAUUUCAUACUUCGUCCGCAUCGUCGCCAUCAACGCAACUGGAUACUGUCGUAUCUAUGAACAACAACACUAUCAGCAGCAGCAUCCCAACCGCUGGACCCAUUGGAAGUGGAUUGACAACGGUGGUUUCAUCGUCUUCGGCAACCGCGAGCUCACCAAUAUCCCAACUCCAGUCGAAGAUUAAUAACAAUCUGCACGCUAAUGCCCAGGCUCAUGAGUAUUCCUUGUUCAACGAUUCGUAUGGCAGUAGCCAAUGGGGUUCGAAUACCGGAGGAGCAGGGGCAAGUGUUCAUCACCAUCAGCAUCAUCAUGGUCACCACCAUCCCAACCAUGGUGUGCUCGGCGGAGGACAAUCCGGCGGCGUAUUGGACAAUAAUGUCCACGGAGUAGGAGGGGGAGGAGGAAACAAGACGAUCUACAACAACAAUCCACAUGUAGCUAGUUCGUCUUUCAUUGAAAAUGAACCUCCAUUACAGGUUGACGCAUCGAAAGCUCCCGGUUAUCGUGGAACAACAGUUUCUUCACCAGUUAGUUCUAAAACCUCGAGCAAUUCAAACACACCACCGUCAUCAUCUGCCUCUCUUUCCCAGCAGCAGCAGCAACAACAUCAACAGUCGCAUCUGCUAUCUUCGGGUGGAGUAUCUUCGGUUAAUGUUGGUCCACCCACCAGCAGCAGUGGUCCGGUGGUAUCUCUCCAGCAUCAACAAAUCGCUGCUCAACAACAACAACAACAGCAGCAGCAGCAACAACAGCAACAACAACAACAGCAGCAACAACAGCAACAUCAACACCAGCAACAAUCUCAAUCGGCAUCAUUCCCGUCUUCAAACGAACAGAAUGUGAUUAAGCCACCCCAACAACAACAACAACAACAACAACAACCGCAAGGCCUUCCGAGUGGUCUUGCCGUGCAGCGACCGAUUCUGAACACUUCAUCCCAGAUACGUACCAUUGGUUCGGCAGCCGGCGGCUCCGAUUAUAGCGGACUGGUGAAUGCGCGUGACCAUCCACCACCACUGGUGGGAAGCUCACGUCCCCCGCCAACAAUGUUCGAUGCUCUGCAGUCCCAAAGUCAGCAUAUGUUGAACUUCGGCCCCGAUCCGCUGCAAUCGUCAUACCAGGGACACAUGGGUAUCGGUGCUGGUGCCGUAGGGAUGCCGCCGCUUUCUCGGCUCAAUCCGAAAGCGUCAGCGUUUUCAACAAUUCCACCCUCGCAGAGUCACCAACAGAGCGCUCCUGGCAGCAAGCUAUCCUCGUCGAACCAGUACGGUAAUAUGUUUCACCCGAAUCCUCCGCCCGGUCCGAUAGGUAAGUAUCAAAGUAUGCCGGUGAAUGGCGGUGGGCCACAGCUCCCUCCGUAUGGGUCCAGCCGCGGAAACAAUCAAUCUCAUCUGCAACAUGGACCUAUUCCCGGACCUCCUGGUCCGCCUGGGGGCAAUCGUGGCGGUAGUGGCACAAACUGGUUCUCCGAUCUGGCACACUUUCAAUCGCGUGACAAUCUAAUGAACAUCGAUAAUAGUAUUGCUGCGAUGGCACUGGGAGGAUCUCCGAACGUUUCACCCAACAACAACCAACCGACCACCAAUGGUGGGGGACUUGUUGGUGGACCGCCUGGUGGAGGUCUACAGCAACAACCCGAUGAUGGGCGUAAGAUGGCCCGAGCUAUUGGAUCAGAACGGGCCAGCUGGAAGUUCAAUUACGGAUCCAGCGGUGGUAUGGGUGGUAUGGACAAUGAUCCAAGUGGGUUAGCGGCAGCUGCAGCCGCAGCUGCGGCAGCAGGUUCGGCUCAUUGGAUGGUUGACAAGAAUCUAGCAGCCAUGGGUGGUGGUGGCGGAGGAGGAAGUGCAGGCGGCGUUGGUCCCCAACAGUGGAUGGGUCCGCCUCCGAGACACUUUAUGGAUGAUCUGCAUCUUUCAUCGGAUCAUUUCCAGCCUCUUCAAAUGGAGUACCAUAACGCCUUGGGAGGCAACGGUGGAGGAAAUGCAGGUGGAUCCAAUCAGCCGAAUAUAAAUUUCAUGCAAUCGCUUCAGUACCAGUUUAUGCCCGGUGCGCCAAACGAAAUGGGUGGAAACGAUGGGCCUUUGCAGCAACCAUGGGAACAUGAGAAACACGGUUGGCCUGCUAAGUGGAGUGGCCAUUAGAGACGGAACACGAGAGAACAGAGAGAAAUUGCAAUCACGUUGUAAUUGGAGGGCAUCAGACAGCACUACACAACCUCAUUAUUAGAUUCAGCUUGCUUGAGCAGGUAAAGCCGCAGAAUAAAUGAACAAUUGGAAAAAUGAAUAAAAUCAAUCAAACAAACAUCCAGUAGAGAAAAAAACAGAUACAACCGCGAGCAGACAGAACAAAAAAAAACAGUUACUUAGAAGGUAGGACUCGAGAAGAGAAGUCAGAGUUACGUUUCAAGAGAAAAAGAAUAUUUUCUUUGCUUUAUUAUACUUCUAUACUUAGAUUUUGAGAAAUGCAAGAGAAGAAAUAUUUGUUUUAAAUGAACUUUUUGGUUUUCUUUUAACUGCGUUUGAAUAUUGGCAAAAUUACCCUGAAUUCGAAAGAGAAAAAAAUUGUGGAUUGUAAUUUUUUCGUACCCUUUUUUUAUAUUGGUUUUAUCAAAUAAUAAUUGCUUUUUCGAAUAUGAUUCGAUUGACUCCUGACAUCCAAUCUUAUUUUGAAAUUAGAGCUGGUAAAAUGAUUUUUUGUUUCUUUCUUCAAAACAUUCUCUUGUUUACUGACGUGGGAUAUGUGGGAUGCGUAGAUCGUAAAUCACAACCACAAUUCAACGACGACGGAUCCCAAAAGUCACAAACAGAGCAUACCAAAACUCUCGUCCGCAAUCUAUUGAAACUAAAGCGCAAGUAUAAAACCAUUAAUCUUUUCUCAUCGAAUCGAAUGAUCGAAAGAAAACGCUACUAUAAUGAAAACUUAACGUAUUUGAAAUAAACAAGGAAACGUUGUUAUAAAUCCAAAAUUUGCGAGCAACAAAAAUCUACUUAUAUUUACUCGAAUUCUACCCUGCAACAACCAAAAAAAAGAUAAACAAACGCUAAUUAAUCCAACAAGAAAUCGCUAAUAUAUUAAACUAAAGCUAGCAAAAAAAAAACACUAAACCGAUUAAUGGACAUUUUCUGUUUUUGUAUCUUUCGCUUCUUAUUUCUCCAUACUCACUCGCUCCUGUUGCUAAAAUAACUGUACUCUACUAAAUAACGAAAUUGCGAAUGAGCGAUCGAGAGCUGCGAAAAAAAACAUAACAGACAAAAUAUCGCCUAACAAAAUCGGUGUUUAUUUGGAAAAUCUCUCAUUGUCUCCUUACCCUGAGCAGAAAUAACUGGAAGUGGCUGACGAACUGUAACUACUAUUAUUAUUAUACAAUGGGAAAAGGCAGAAAAAAUACAUAGAGCUACUAUAACUAACUAGUAAUAAUCCUCUUAAAAGUAAAUUACAAAAAAAAACCACGCAAGCAUGUUGGGUAGAGAACAAAACAAAAAAAUUAAAAUGGCUUAGGAAAUUAUUAAACAUUUACCGCAAAUGAUGAUGAUAUGAAACACGCAGCACACGCGCGAUGCAGAAUAUGAACUCUUGCAAAGAUGAUUAGAGAACAUAAAAAAAUAGAUUACACCCUUACCAAUGUUUCCAUUUGCGCGCGUUUUUAGUGGUGGAGCUGAUGAUGAACACAAACUUUCAGUUUCUCACUUUCCGUUGGUUCGCUUGGCAGACAGACACAAAUAAUGUUGGUUGAUAAUUUAGAAACUCUCAACGCCCUAAAAAAACCCCUUGUUGGGAAGAAAUAUAUUGGGGAGGGUAUCGUUUAUUUCUGUUGUUUUCCAGCAGGGAUUCGAUUAAUUCGAUUGGGCCUGAAUUGAUUAGUAUAGUUCUCUGUUGUUGGACAACGGGGUUAGCGAACCCUUUUUGAUUUAUCCUUCCCCCUGGUACUUGAGUGCGCGUGGUUGAAGUAAGCGAACAAAGCACGAGUAUUGUCGCUGCUAUUUGUUUGGUUCCGAUUCGAAAAAAAAAAAAAAUGUUGCCGAUAACCGUUAUCGAAAAAAAAACAGUGAAACUUAUAUACAUACACACAACAACAGCAUAACGCACUCUGAUUGAAAAUGAUAAUGAAAGCAGAGUAGAGCGAAUAAAGUAAAAUCUAUAUAGUUACAAUAAAAAAAAGUAAUGAGAGUAUGAUAACAAUUGCAUUAGCGUACGAUUAAAAAUAUAUAUGAAAAAAUAAACACAUAAUGACGAUGGUAAUAAAAGAACUUGAAAAUGGUGGAAAAUGAAAAAAAUACUGAUUAAUGAUUACUGAUGGAUUAUUGAUUAACUAAUUAAUGAUUAUUAUUAUUAAAUAUUAUUAUCAUUCUAUAAAUUAUAUAUUAUAUUUGGAAAAUAACCAUAUAAAAUAAAAUGAAAUAUAAGUAAUGAAAAAUAUGCUGAAAACGAA